UAUAAAUAAAAUAUAAUCAAAAACCAAUUUUUGAAAAGAAUCUCCAAGAAGACGACAUUUGUAAAAAUCUUCUCUUCGACUAAUAAUAAUAAAAUCAAUUUAAAUUGAUUAAUAGAAGAAAUAAAGGAAGAACGUCUGAACGUCAUUACUUUAUCAAAAGGAAAAAAAAAAGAAUAGAAACAAUCGUCAACAAACAAAUUGAAUAAAUCGUUCACAUCAAUUUGUAUCAAUUCAUAUUCAUUAAAUCAGAAAAAUCAUACAAUUUGUGAUAGAUUGAAACGCUGCUAUGGCAUCUUCUUCGAUACUCGCAAAUAAUCCAAUAACAACGCAUUCGUCUCUAAACGCGACUUCAGCGAAGUCUAUCUCUACUGCCUCAGUUGCUAAAACUUCAGUUUCAACACGUAAACGGACAUACGAUUCAGCAAUUUCCAUGCCGGCUGCCGCCAGUACUGUUGCAACAGCAACAACCGCAAGCAAUGGAACAACUGUUAAAGCAGCAACACCGGAAAAAGCAACUAAUGGUCAAUUGGGUAAUGAUACAGAGGAACUGUUAAGCAUUAAAGUAGAUGCUUGUGUGACUGCAGCUCCUUUUAAGGAUUAUACACGCACAGUUUCACAGAAUGAGAUUGAUGAAGAGGAAAAUACCAUAAGUGCUGGUACCUCUGGUUUAACGAGAAAAUCAAAUGAUAACUCUUUGGAGAGUAGUCCAGUUAAAAAAAAAUAUGUACCACCACCAGCCUUAGUAGUGAGUGCCAGUAGUGGUGCAUCAGAAUUUAUGACCAUCUGUACGCCGGCACCAUUCUCCUCCGAUGAGAAGGCUGUACUUGAGCGAGCCCGUUGUGAUUAUGAGUACAAAAUUACCUAUCAAAUGGCACGUUCUGGAGUCGCCAAACGGCGUGUGCGUGUUUAUGCCGAUGGCAUAUAUGAUUUGUUUCACCAGGGCCACGCCAGGCAAUUAAUGCAGGCGAAAAAUAUAUUUCCUAAUGUUUAUUUAAUUGUUGGUGUUUGCAAUGAUGAUUUAACACAUAGAAUGAAGGGUCGUACAGUAAUGAAUGAUCACGAACGCUAUGAAGGUGUGCGACAUUGUCGUUAUGUCGAUGAGAUCAUAGCUGACGCUCCGUGGACAUUAUCUGAUGAAUUUAUAGCUGAAAACAAAAUAGAUUUUGUUGCUCAUGAUGACAUUCCAUAUACUGGUACUGGUACCGACGACAUAUACGGUCCAUUAAAAGCAAAGGGCAUGUUUGUUGCUACUGAACGUACUGAAGGUGUUUCCACAUCGGACAUUGUUGCUCGCAUUGUUAAGGAUUAUGAUUUAUAUGUACGUCGAAAUUUAGCGCGUGGGUAUUCGGCUAAAGAUCUUAAUGUAUCAUUCCUAUCAGAGAAGAAAUUCCGUCUACAAAAUAAAAUGGACGAGUUGAAAGUUCGUGGCCGUCGUGAAUUAACUAAAGUUAAAGGCGACAUAAUGACUAAAUGGGAAGAGAAAUCUCGCGAAUUUAUUGACGCAUUCCUUUUGUUAUUUGGACGUGAACGUUUACAUCACUUAUGGAAUGAAUCAAAAGGUAAACUAAUACAAGCACUUAGUCCUCCUGGUAGUCCGAGUGGUUCUGUGAAUGGUGAUGCGGAUGAUUUUGAGGACGAAGAAGAAGAUGAUGAGGAAACUGACCCAAUGCAAGCUGGUGUCAGUAUCCAUAUGGAAUUAUCACCAAAAGAUCGUCGUACGUAUAGUCGUCGUGGUGUUGAUAGUCCUACAAUGGGUCGAUCAGCUACAGUUCCAAACAGAGCACAUACGACGCUAGCAUCAAGGCAGGAAUACGAUGAAUUUGAACGUUUAAGUAACUAAACGCUGCUUAUAAAAAAAAA